GAUUUUGACAUAUACCAUUGAAUUACAAAAACGACAUUUGGCUUCUUUUUAAACACUAGCGUUCAUUGUAGAGCUUCACAUUAGUUGUCAUACGCUUGUCGUGAAAGUAUCAAAUUUUUCUUCGUUUGACAGUUGUGUUCACUGUAUAAAUAUUCUCUCCAAUUUUCUUUCUUUUGUGAUUCGAAGCUCAUUAAGUAUGUCGUCGAAACGUAAGUCAGUCAUAAUUAUUGGUUCUGGAGCUGGCGGUACUUCGUUGGCAGCUCGUUUAGCACAUCAAGGAUUUGAUGUUACGGUGUACGAAAAGAAUUCAUUUUCGGGCGGACGAUUAUCGUUAAUUCAUAAAAAUGGUCAUCGUUUCGAUCAGGGUCCGUCAUUGUAUUUGAUGCCAAAAAUAUUCGAAGAAACAUUCAGCGAUCUUGGGGAGAAAAUCUCUGAUCAUUUGGAUUUGUUAAAAUGUAAAUCGAAUUAUAUGGUACAUUUCCAUGACGGCGACAAGUUUGAAUUGACGUGUGACUUGGCGCAACUUUUUGAUCAAUUGAAAAAACAUGAAGGCAACGACGAACAAACAUUAAUUAGAUUUAUGGAUUUUCUCAAAGAGACGCACAUUCAUUACGAAAACAGCAUAUCGAUGGCACUCAGAGAAAAUUACGCUAAUUGGUACGAUGAAUUUCAACUCAAACACAUUCCGCUACUCAAUAAACUACAUCUAUGGGACAAUGUUUACAAUCGCACAAAGAAAUUCUUUCUCAGUGAAAAAAUGCGAAAAGCAUUCACCUUCCAGACAAUGUACAUCGGAAUGUCACCAUAUGAUGCACCAGCUCCAUAUAAUCUAUUGCAAUACACUGAAAUUGCCGAAGGAAUUUGGUAUCCAAGAGGAGGUUUUCAUCAGGUUGUUGAACAAUUGGAAAAAAUUGCAACGAAAAAAUUUGACGCCAAAUUUGUGUACAACACUGGCAUCGAAAAAAUCAUUGUCGACGACAAUCAAGUGGCUAAAGGUGUUCGCCUUGAAAGUGGAGAUGAAAAAUACGCCGAUAUCGUUGUGUGCAAUGCAGAUUUGGUAUAUGCGUACAACAAACUAUUGCCCACGACUCCGUAUGGAAUUCGUUUGGGUGAAAAAGGUCAAUUUACUUCGUCAUCAAUUUCAUUCUAUUGGGGACUAUCGCGCAAAGUUCCUGAACUGGACGUACACAACAUAUUCUUAGCCGAACAAUAUCAAUCAAGUUUUGAUGAUAUUUUCAAGCGUAACCUACUGCCAGAGGAUCCAUCAUUCUACGUCAACGUUCCAUCACGUAUCGAUCCAUCAGCCGCACCUGAAGGCAAAGAAACAGUUGUAGUGUUAUUGCCAAUCAGUCAUAUCGCUCCAAACAAUGAAAAUCGCAUCGAUGAAAUGACUGCAAUCGCACGCUCCAAAGUCAUCAAAACAAUUGAAGCCCGCUUGAAGAUAAACAAUUUCGAAGAGCUCAUCGAAACGGAAGAAAUAAAUGAUCCGCGAUCGUGGCAAAGUAAAUUCAAUUUGUGGAAAGGAUCCAUUCUAGGUCUCUCGCACAACAUCACUCAAGUACUUCAUUUCCGGCCAAAAACACGAAGCCAACUGUUCAAAAAUCUAUACUUUGUUGGCGCAUCAGCGCAUCCAGGUACUGGCGUGCCCAUUGUGUUAUGCGGCGCUAAAUUGGUCGAAACUCAGAUUAUGGAAGAUUUUGGUAUGAUUGAACGCAUUGAUAACAGAGCCAAGAUUUUUACGCAGUAUUUCAUUUUUGUUUUGUUCCUUAUCGCUAUCGGUUAUCUGUUUUCACUCAUUUUUUAAAUUUUUUUUUGUUUGAAACACUUUUAUUUUAAUUGAA